UGGAGGCAGAGAUUCAUUUUUUCUUCACUUCAGGACGUUGUUAUACAAGAGUGUACACACACACGAUGCGUGGUCUUUGUGCUUUUUUUCUCUCCAUCCUGACCCAAGUGUCCUCAGAAACCUCGAGUGAUGUCAUUGGCCUCAUUGGGCACAAUGUCACCCUGCCCUGUAGGUAUGACACCCAAACUCAUGGCGUGCUGAGUUUCUGUUGGGGACUAGGGGAGGUGCCCAGGUCCAAAUGCUCCGACACUGUCCUCUCGUCCCAGGAUGGGGUCAUAGAGUUGAGACAGUCAUCCAGGUACCAGCUGCUGGGCAGGGAGACAGAGGGAGACAUUUCCCUGACCAUCUUGAACGCUCAGCUGAGCGACAGUGGUGUGUAUGGCUGCAGGGUCGAGAUCCCAGGGUGGUUCAAUGACCAGAAAGUCAACACUCACCUGCUCAUGGAGGAAGCACAACCUGUUACCCAGGAUGGUAAUGGUGAACAAUCAGAAAUAUGGACAACAUCUGCACCAGUGGCGAGCAAAGUUGGACAUUUCGAAGUCUUCCUGGAAGUGGGGACCAUUGCCAGGACAGGAGCUAUUUUCCUCUCCACCUUGGUCAUAAUCCUCAUCCUUAUUUUCCGCAGAAAGUUCCAGCUGGAGAGGAGCCUUCAGGAUCCUAACACCCCAGCUGUGGAAAACAUAUAUGAAAGUGUCCCAAUGAGUGAUGGUCAGCUCUACAUGAAGAAAGGAUUUUUUACACAAGAAACCUCAGGGUGAAGAAGUGCCUGCUUGUCAUGUGCUGACACUUUCCAUCUCCUCUGGUUCAGAGAAGAACCCUUUGACUGCAAGAGAGUGUCAUCUCCUAUUUCCCUCCAGUGAAGCAGCCAAUGUUCUCUGAUUCAAGAAAAGUUUGAUUAUCCAUCAGAAGAUACAAAAAUAUAAUAUAUUAUAACAAAUGAUCAUUUCAGUCUUUCUGUGCUUCAUGGCAAAUUUAAUGUCACAGCCAAGAGGAGCUUGUGGAUGGUGAGUGUUUGUGAAGACAACGCCACCUGCUGGAGUCCAAUAUUAGAGGAGGGCACUUUAUAGUGAAAAGUAAUGUGACCUUAGUUUGGUGGUUACAGUAAAUAUGUGAUGAGAAGGUGGGAAGGGAAAGUGAAGGAGAAACUGGUCACAUUUAUGUUAAAUGUAAAAGAGGCUACUAACUGUAGACUGAAAAACUAUAUUCAUUAAAGAUUAAAAAAUAAAUACAUUUUAGAAAUAUGUCAUUGUGGAACUUUCAGCACAUUUAAACAGAUUUAAGAUGACAUGGCUUCAGUUUAACGACUAAACCAAUUAUCCAUUUCUCUUCCCCCUGUGUUGGGUAUUUAUUUUUUUCCGUGAAAAAUCAAGAAAUCAUAAUCUAUCUUAUAAUGUCAUGACUGAGAAAAUCAGCUGUAACCUCUCAGAAACUAUAACAUGUAGUUGUUGCUGUAUACGCUGCCUUCUGUAACAUGACAUCCUAUCUGUUGAAAUCAAACAAAUAAAUGUUAAAAAACG